UCUGUUCUUGGACUCGUCAUCAUCCACCGCGCCAGUAGGAUGGGGAAAAGGUUGAGGAGUUCAUUGUGAAGAAACUGAACUUAUGCGUGAAAUCUUCCAAGUUCACCGUGCUAUCUGUUGAUCAGACGUGUGUACGUAACGCUGGUGCCAUGGUAACCAUGGUAAUGAACUUGAGCUGACACAUCCAUCCAGUUGGGCCUGAUUUAACGUCUCUCUCUCUCCGCCCGCCUCUCUCCAUCACUCCAUCUUGCCCUCCUCUCGCUCUGGCCCCUCCCCGUUUCCCAUAGUACCCCCUUUUAGUCCACCGGCUUCUCUGCUGUUAACCUUACCCCCUCUCACACACACACACACACACGCACUCGUAACUUCUCUUGUACUGCUACAGGCACACAUUUACACACACACACACUCCUCCUCUGCAUUUAUAGUCUCUCUCUCACACACACACACUCAGGAGCAGAGAACUAUUGUGUGCCACAUGUUGGUGGACCGAGUAACACGGCUAAGACUUUACGCUCGAACUCUUGUGCCUUGUGGAGGACCCCCAGCACAAUCUUCUGUCUUGACCCCCUGACCUCCAAGCAGACGCCAGGACUGCCAGACUACAGCGCUCCUCCUCCCCCUCCUCCUCCUCCUCCACAGCGGACCAAGGACCCAACCUGACGUGCCCUGUCCGGAGCCUGUUCGCGCUCUCGUCCAAUCCAGUGUGCAAGGCAAGCCUGUGUGAACUGCACCCGUUGCCCUCUACUCAGACUCAACAGUGUGUGUGUGUGUGAUUGAUCGGACCAGUGUUGCCUCAUCCAGGGUUUGUGUGUGUGGUACACUUGGCACUCCGCUCUCUGCGUGUGUGAGUGAGAGACCAGUGUCACCCCAUCCAGCACGUCUGUGUAGUAGCACACUUGCCCUCUCCUCAGUGUGUGUGACAAGUGACGAUGGGCUCGAGCGCUGGUGACGCUGUGGCGGCAGGGGACUCUGCGGGCAGCGGUAUUCGGCUGAAGCAGGAGAUCUCGCUGCUGCACGGCGUGUGCCUGAUCGUGGGCAACAUGAUCGGCUCGGGCAUCUUCGUGUCGCCGGUGGGCGUGCUGAUGUUCAGCGGCUCCUACGGCCUCUCGCUGGUCGUCUGGGCCAUCGGCGGGGUCUUCUCCGUGUUCGGGGCUCUCUGCUACGCCGAGCUGGGAACCACCAUCCGCAAGUCUGGCGCCAGCUAUGCCUACAUCCUGGAGGCGUUUGGUGGCUUCCUGGCGUUCAUCCGUCUGUGGACGUCUCUGAUGAUUGUGGAGCCGGCGUGCCAGGCGGUCAUAUCGCUCACCUUCUCCCUCUACCUGGUGCAGCCCUUCUACGCCACCUGCCCCGCGCCCUAUGCAGCCGUCAGACUCAUCGCCGCUAUGAUCAUAGCGCUGUUGACGUUUGUAAACUGCAUGAAGGUGAAGUGGGGGGCCAUCCUGCAGGUGGUUUCCACAGUAGCCAAGGUCCUCGCCCUCAUAAUCAUCAUCAUCGUCGGCCUCGUCAAACUAGGACAGGGUAACACCCAGAACUUUGAGGAGUCGUUUAAGGACUCCAAGCUGGAUAUGGGCAACAUGGCCUUGGCCCUCUACUCAGCCCUGUACUCCUACUCCGGAUGGGACACGCUCAACUUCAUCACCGAGGAGAUCAAAAACCCUGAGAGAAACCUGCCCCUGGCCAUCGCCAUCUCCAUGCCCAUAGUGACGGUCAUCUACAUCCUCACCAACGUGGCCUACUACACAGUCAUGAACAUGGACAUGGUGCUGACCAGUGAAGCAGUUGCCGUGACGUUUGCAGAUGAGUGUCUGGGCUGGGCUCGCUGGCUGAUCCCCCUCUCAGUGGCCAUCUCCUGCUACGGGGGCCUUAACUCGUCCAUCAUCGCUGCAUCCAGGUUGUUCUUUGUGGGUUCCCGUGAGGGCCAUCUCCCCAACAUACUGUGUAUGAUCCAUGUGGAGAGAUAUACACCCAUUCCUGCUCUGCUCUUCAAUGGGGGCAUGGCGUUGGUCUUCCUGUGUGUAGAAGACGUGUUCCGGCUGAUAAACUACUUCAGCUUCAACUACUGGCUCUUCAUCGGCCUCUCCAUCGCCGCACAGAUAUACCUGCGUAUCAAGAGGCCUGAGAUACCGCGACCUGUCAAGUUGAGUCUCUUCUUCCCGGUGGUCUACUGCCUGUGUACUCUGUUCCUGGUGAUCGUUCCUCUGUUCAGUGACACCCUGAACUCCCUGGUGGGUAUCGGCGUGGCCCUGUCUGGAGCUCCCUUCUACUACUUCUUCGUCCACACACCGCCCAGCAAGAGGCCCGCCUGCUUCGGGACGGCACUAGACUGGGUGUCCCUGUUCACUCAGAAGAUCUGCUACUGCUGUGUGGCCGACCCCGAUCUGGACCUGGACAACAUUGACAUUGACAACAUGGACGAUGACCCUAAGAAGGCAUAGAGGACCACACACACACAUGCAUAGCUGAACCAGAAAAUGAAGCAAAUAGGAAUGAAUACACACACACACACACACACACACACACACACACACACACACACACACACACACACACACACACACACACACACACACAUAUACUUGAAUACACACACAUUUGAAUACAAACACCUUCUCUCUGAGAGCCGUUUGGGAAAAGGGAUGGACAGAUCUGCUACACCACACGUCAUUUUCACUUCCUGACUACUUCAACAAGAUCAGCCAAUCAGCAAGCCCAGCAGCAUCAGGGCAGGAAGUAGAAUACUAUUCCGCCCCCCCGAUCGUACUCCUCCUUUUCUCCUCCUGUACUCUGUAUGUGUCACCUGGACCAAUCAACUGCCUUACCAAGAGAAGAGACGAGACGAAGAUCAUCACCGUCAUUAUACUCAUAAUACUCAGCCUACUUGAGUAUUGAAUGAGUCCCUCACAAAGUUUUUCACAAGCGUGCGCUCUCUCUCGCUCUCUCUGGCUCUCUCUCUCGCUCUCUCUCUCUCUCUCUCUCUCUCGCUCUCUCUCUCUCUCUCUCUCUCAUGCACAUACACACACUUCUCCCCACCCCCUCUCAUAACCCUUUAUCGGGCUACAUUCGCCAGUGCCUAAAGGCACCCCUCCUGUUGUGUGUGUUGGACUGGAGGUUGUCUCCCUCUUCUGGAGGCUGUGAGCCACUGCAGUUAGGAAAUCGAUUAUUAAGAUUGUGCUGAAAUGACUCUGCAUUAAAAACGCGUCACGUUGAAACCAUA